AUGGGUGUAUGCUUUGCUUCAAAUAAAAACUUAAACGAAUAAGAUAAGAACAUUGUAAAUGACACGGCUUAAUAAAAGCCUUUGCAAAUACUUAGAGAGGAGCUUGAAGAUUUGCUAAGGCUCUACACAAAAUAGACAAAUAACCUGGUUGAUAAGAAAUUAGACGACCAUUACUUCUCCAUAUUUUGCAACUACAGAUUUUAUAAUUCUCAUAGGAAAGCUUUAGCUCAAAAGGUCAAAUAAGAGUAAUAGGAAUAAGAAAAGAGAUUCCAUGAAAUGAGCAAUUUUAACAAGAGUGAUAUUCAUAGGAGUUCAGUUAUGAUCAAGGGUUUAGCAUUUGAUGCGAAUGGGAAUAUAACAUCAAUGGGAACACAAUAAAAUGAGACUAAAACUAUGAAGGACGAAGAGUUAAGAGAAUAAAAUAUUCUAGUAGCUUCAUGGAUAAACGAUCUAGGAAACACUCAAAAAGAAUUCGAUGAUAAAAUUCUAUUUUUCAACAACGAAGUCAUCUUAGAGAGGCAAAUACUCUUAGACCACUUUUCUAAAGAAAACAGAAAAUAUUUCUAUGAUAAGCAUAUUGAAUUUUGCUGUAAAAAGGGAAAGUCUCAUUCUUAAAAUUAAGAUAAUUUCUUUGCAUUGGUUGAUGGGCCACUAAGAAUAUUUGGGGUAUUUGACGGUCAUGGUAUAUACGGUCAUACUAUUUCAGGUUUCGUUGCUGGAAUUAUGCUUGAUUAUAUUAGGAAUAAAAAUAAGACUUUCAAUAUAAAGAAUCUUGAGAAAGAAACAGACAAAAAUGUGACUGUGGCUCUUAGAAGAUGUUUCAAAUAUACUCAAGAAAAGCUCAAGGCAAAGUAUUAAUAGAUUAAGAAUGAAGAGAGGUAGGAAAAGAGGAGAGAGAAAUUAGAAAGAAAACGAAAGGCUACAUAGUAUGAGGAAGACAUGGAUGAAUCUAAGAGUGAGUUAAUCUUUAAAAAGGGCAGAACUGAGGCUUAUAGACCUUAGAUGACAUCUUCACCUUAGUAUGUCCACUAAGAUGAUGGAGAUGAUUUGUUUUUAGACAGUGAUGAAAAUUCAGAGGAUUUAUGCUCCGAAUCAAGCUGGGAAACUACUAGUGAUUUCGAAGAAAAUGAAGAUUAGGAAUAUUUCUCCUACUAAAAAGACAAAUUAGACACCAGCGGCAUUUUAUCGGAUGAGAAUAAUUUUAAGCUAGAAUAAGAUGAAGCGAAAAUAUACAAUCAAAACAUUAUGGAUGAAGAAUUUAAAUUGUAAAACUAAUUGAAGCUCACUCUUCAUCCUAGCAAUAAGGAAAAGCCCUCAUCAGUUUUCGAAAAUGAUAGCAAUUUAUAGGAUUUUGCUGGGAAUUAAGAAAGUCAAAAAAUAUCUUAGCUAUAAAAGCCCAGAAAGAUUUUUAGAAUAAAUCCCAAAAUACUCAAUGGGAGAGAUAAUCCAUUAAAAGAGAUAUAAGAAAAAUCACUGAGAGAAAAAAUUGCUCAGACAAAUCCCCCUAAGAGUUUUGAUAUAGCGUUGUCGGGGACAUCAGCAACAGUUGUAAUAUAGAAUAGAAGUAAAUUAUAUGUUGCUUGGGUUGGAGAUAGCCAAGUUGCUCUUGGAAAUAUUGAUAAAAAAUUAAAUCCGAUCAAAUUAACUUACCCUGAGCACACUCCUACAGACGAAGUAGAAAAAAUUAGAAUAUAUAAUCAUAGAGGUGAGGUUAGAUCCUCUGUUCUUGAGAAAAAGGUUAGAAUCUAUGUAAGAGCACGGAUGUAUCCUGGUCUCUCCACAUCUAGGUCGCUUGGCGAUGUUUUAGCACAUCAAAUUGGUGUCACAAGUGAGCCUAAUAUAAAGAUAGUUGACAUAACUCCUAAUGAUAAGUUCAUAGCAAUUGGAUCAGAUGGCAUAUGGGAUAAUAUGGGCUAUGAAGAUGUGCUAGAAAUAGUUAAUGAAUACGGGUUGAGAGACCCUGGAAUGAGCUCUGAAUAUAUAUGUUCUAAAGUUAAAGAUAUCUGUAUGAGUGACGGUUCACCCCUUGAUGAUAUGACUUUAAUAGUAUCUCAUCUCCAAGAGUCAAAAAAUUAUUAUUGA